AUGUCCUGCAAAAAGUUCAUGGUCUUCCUGGGAUCGUCGGCAUUUCUCGGAUACGCCUUCGUGACCUACAGGUUGAAGCUCACAAGACGCGAGGCACUGAAACGCUUCGAAGAGAGCGAGGACGGCAGGCGCCUUGCAAUGGAAUCACUGUCUUUUGCGCCCAAAAUACAAACCGAAGGGCCGGAUGUAUCGCAGAAAUUAAUCGAAGAAUACAAAGCACGACAGCAGCCGCCCAUUAUAAAAUAG